AUGCAGAUUGGUGUCUAUGACACCACGGAGCUCUCGUUGAAACACAGGCGCGGAAUAGACAACGAGGUCCUUAAGACAUGCUUCCUCGAGGGCGACUACACCAAAUUGGCUUUCCUCUGCACUGACCGUGUCAUCGAGUUCCACGACAGGGGUGGUCGUUAUCACUCCAUCCGCAUUCCGAAGGCGGGGCGUGAUAUGAUAUACGUAUCAGACAAUGCCUCCCUUUUUGCGGUUGCCUCCUGCAACGAGGUAUAUCGCCUCAACCUUGAGUACGGUGCUUUCGAAGAGCCAUUCAAAUCGGUGUGCUCGUAUUUGAAUUGCGUUGCUGAAAACCCAAUCCUGCCACUUAUAUCUACAGGCGGCGAAGGCGCUGUUCUGGAAUGCUGGGACCUCCGCUCCAACAAGUCGGCGUCUAGACUGCACUGCGCAAGUGAUGACGAUGGAAGCGAUGACAGCGUUACGUGUUGCGCCUAUUCUGCCAAUGGGAUGAAGGUGGCUGUCGGCACCAGCUCAGGGUGCCUCCAGCUCUACGAUAUCCGCAACACCAAACCGCUUUGGGAAAAAAGGCAUGUUAACGAGGCGCCUGUGAACAAUAUCGAGUGGGUGAACUCGCUUAACCAUGCGUCAACUGGUGUCGGCCAGGAUGCGCUUAUUGCGUGGUCAGACCACAAAAGCGUAAGGGUGCAGAACACCCACGAUGGCGAGUUCGUGGCAUCAAUCGAAGGAUUAGUGACCGACAAGGCGAACAAUACCAGUAAAAUCAACUCGUUCCGAUUUUACCCUGAUACGGGUAUCUGCUUCGUAGUGGGUGAUCACACCCGUGUUGGUACCUACUUCAUUCCAACUAUCGGCGCAGCACCCAAAUGGUGCUCUUUCCUGGAGAACAUCACGGAAGAGAUGGAGGCGCCGUCGGCGGCCGACGCUGGCGUUGCCGCUGGAGCCACGAAACAGGCCUACGAGGACUUUGUGUUCGUUACCCGGCAGCAGCUUGAGGAGAUUAAUGCUGCCGAGCUCAUCGGCACAAACAUGGUCAAGGAUUACAUGCAUGGAUACUUCAUUGACAGUGACGUCUAUCGCAAGCUCAAGAGCGCCUCGUCGGACUUUGACUACGAAGCGUACCGGAAGAAGAAGAUACAGGAGAAGAUCGAUGCCAAGCGGCAAAUGCGUCUGCCUCUGCGGCAAAAGAAGACGCAGGUUGUCAACGAGGAGCUCGCGGAGAAGCUGCGCCAGACUGCAGAGGCCGUUGGGAAGAAGGGACUCUCCAAAAAGGAGAGAGAGCAGGCGCUUAGCGCCAAGGCUGCGCUGCAAGACGACCGCUUUGCACGCAUCUUUACGGAUGAGAACUUUGCAAUCGACCACGUGGAGGCAGCCGAAGUAUCGGCUAAGCGCAAAUACCUCACGGCACCAAGCAAACGCAAGUAA